UUCACCCCACCUGGCGAAACACAGACAGGUGUUGUCGCAAAUCUCCCAAGUGGAGUGCCAAAUGCGAAAUGUUGAAUGUUAAAUAACCCCCAGACCAGUGUGCAUGUAUCAUAGAAACAUGCGCAAGCCUAAUCAGUGCUUUUCGCCAAAGAUAAGGGCUCUUUUUCGAAGAGUUACUGCUUUCUGCCUCUGCCUUCUGCCCACAUUCAAACGCAGCUGGCUGACUGUUUCUGUUUCGGUUUCUGUUACUUUUUCGGAUUUCCAACUCUCGGGGAACCGUGACUCAACCCAUCCGAUACGAUACGAUCCGCUCGCAGCCAGCCCCAUCAUAACCAGCUAUAUCGUCAUAGCCAACGCAGGCAAACCAGCCCAGAUCCCCAGCCCCAGAUCGAGAUCCAGCUCCAGACCCAGAUCCAUCGAGUCCCCGGCCAAAUGAGCAGCGGUAUGAGGUCGCAGGACGGUCCGCGGGCGAAGGUCAAUGCCGCCAGCACGCUGCUCACCCAGGAGGAGAACGAAGCCGUCUUCAGGCUGCUGGGCAAGAAGUGUCAGACACUGAACACCGCCGUGGUGCAGAUCUACAAGACGGAGGGCAGUGCCCAUGCCCACUGGAAGAAGCGGCACACCGGAGUCGUCUGCUUUGUAAAGGAUAGCGCCAUACGAUCCUACUUCAUGCGAGCCUACUGCCUGAUCAAGAACGAGCUGAUCUGGGAGCACGAGAUCUACGAUGGCAUGCAGGUGGUCAAGUCGAGGCCCUUUCUGCUCACCUUCGAGGGCAGCGAUGGUCAUGUGGGUCUAAACUUUGUCUCCGAGGAGGAGUGCGACACCUUCUUCCGCAUUGUGGACGCCACCAUCGAGACGCGCAACCGAAAGCGACAGGAUAAACGCAACCGGCAGAAGAGCCAGCCGGCGCCCAAUGCUCCACUGCCUCCGCCGGUGUACCGGGAGCCCAGCAGGCCACCGCCCAUGCAGAGCGGUCUGUCCGCCACGGACGGCGGCGGCGUUCAGUUGCGCAACAAUAAGAUCAACUCGGUCACUUUGACGCCUGCGCCGGCGCCAACGAAGAACUUCCUGUCCAGCGGCUUUGGCCUGGGCAGCCAGGCGAAGGACAAGAAGCGCAAGGUGACCAAGGCGGACAUUAGCCAGCCCACGAACUUUGUGCACAUCUCCCAUGUGGGCUGGGAUGCGGACAAGGGAUUCGAUUUGAUGGGCAAUGAAAACGAUCCGGAGCUGAACGAGUUCUUCCUAAAGGCCGGUGUCUCGGAGACGGAACUCAAGGAUCGGGACACGCGCGCCUUUAUCUAUGACUUUAUACAGAGCAACAAUGUGCUGGCGUCGGUGAAGCAGGAUAGUGUGGAGUCGCCGACGGAAACCACGCCGCCUCCCAUGCCGCCACCGGUGCCAACGCGUCAUCCCUCUAAUGGCAACCAAAGAACUGCACCACCACCGCCGCCGGCGAGACAGCCACCGCCACCAGUGCCCGUCACUGCGCCGGGCGCCACGCGAGCUCCUCCACCACCCAGCAGGCCACCACCCAUCAGCACAGCACCACCACCGCCGCCGCCAGUCAGUGCGCCCGUUGUAGCGCCACCACCCCCACCGCCGCCACCACCAGCAGCCGCAGCGGUGCCGCCACCACCGCCGCCGCCCAUGCCAGUGGGAGAGCUGCCCGUCAUCACGACCACGCACGCACCCAACCAGGCAGCCAGCCGGCCAGCCGCUCCAGCGGCUCCAGAUUCACACAAUGCACUGAUGGACGCCAUACGCAAGGGAACCCAGUUGAAGAAAGUGGACGCGGCUGCUCUCAGCACUAGCAGCGGAGAUUCUCGCAGCGAUUUGAUGAAGGACAUCCGACAGGGUACCGUCUUGAAACCGGCCAAGGAACGAGAGCUGGGCAGCCAGCGAAAUAGCGACAACGGAGGCGGCACCGACGCCCUGGCCGAUGCACUGCGUCGGGCGCUGGCGGCACGCGGAAACGCCAUUCACUCGGACGAGGACGAGACCGAGUCGUCGGACAACGAGGGCGAGUGGGACUAAGGGAGCUACUCGAGAUGACAACACGAGGCGUUAGGGGCAGGCAGACACUAUUCCAAAUAUAAGCAAUAAUUUAAUUCGUGCUUUGGCAUUUUGGUUUAUCGGUAGAUAAAUCCCUGUAAAUACUGUUAGUGAAUUUUCAUACCUCUUUAAUUUAAUUGUAUGAGUUUAACAAACAAAACGCAAAAAGUACUAAAGGUUAAUCACAAAUUGAGAGAUUUUUAUCAGCAAUUGCCCGCUUUCGUUGGUUCCCAAACACAUUUGCAUAUCCAUACAUAGCUGCUCAAUUAAAUGUGAACGAUGCACUCGAGUGUUUCGUCAAUAAAACAAACAUAUAUGUGGGUGAAUUUUGCAAACCCCGUUCAGACUACUGUGCCAAAAACUUGAGAACACCAAAAUGUAAAAGGAGUUUGUGAAAAAUUAGAGAUUCACCUUAUCUGCGAACUGAAAAACUGUAAACUGAGCGAUAGAAAUUUAUUAUAGUGAAUAUAUUUUAUAAAUCUAUAACAAAGGAAAGGAUCAAAGGAAAGGAAUAAACUGUGACUACACUUAAUAAAGCCACAGUUGAGAAUUAUUAAAAUACGAUAUUUAAACUAAUAGAUUUGCCCGCAGUUAACCAUAUACUAAAUUUACAAGUUUGCUCAGUAAUAAUUCACUACUUGUUGAAAUAAUAAUUAUCUAAUGAAAUAAGUGUGUGGCUAAACCAAUCCAAUAGGCGAUGUAUUCAAUUCAUUUUGACCACCAGGCUUCCUCGGGAUCGGAUGGGUCCCCUAAAAGCUGUCUAUUACAUCCAGUUACACCUUGUAACUCAUAAGUAUUUCUUUUUUAGUUCGAGUGCAUUUAAUGCCAACUUGUAGUCAUUUUCUUCUGUGUGUUUGUAUUUAAAUCAAGAUUAUUUGUAUGUUUUUUCGUGACAAUUUCGAAACUACUAAACCCAAUAAUAAGCUUGUCAGAGCGAGAAAUUUAUGUCGAUCAGAUUUUGGAUUAAUGUGUACGCAUGUCUAAUGAGUUUUUGUGCGAUUUAUGUAUUUAAAUACAUAAUACUUACUUAUGCUAAUAUAUAAGCCAUUAAUUUAUGUAAUAAAGUUGUGUAUAUCUAACUUAAAACUAAA